UGAGAGCCGCCGACUCCCGACGGAAACACUUCAUAUCGUGGAAUAGGGUUUGCGCGUCCACCUCUCCGUCCCAAUCGGCUCACCGCGUGCGGCACCCCUCCGGCGAUGGGAGGGAUUACAUCGGCGGAGCUCAACUUCCUCGUCUUUCGCUACCUCCAGGAAUCCGGUUUUGUUCAUGCUGCAUUUACUUUAGGGUAUGAAGCAGGGAUCCACAAGGGUGGGAUAGAUGGAAAUGUUGUCCCCCCUGGUGCUCUUAUCACAAUUGUGCAGAAAGGCCUCCAGUACAUAGAAUUGGAAGCAAAUACAGAUGAAAAUGAUGAAGAAGUUGAGAAAGAUUUUGCUCUUCUGGAGCCUCUUGAAAUAAUCACAAAAGAUGUUGAAGAGUUGCAACAGAUUGUGAAGAAGCGAAAAAGGGAGAGGCUUCAAAUUGACCUUGAAAAGGACAAGGGAAAAGAGACAGAAUGCAUUGAGGAGCAUGAACAGCAUCCUGGAGGUGAACGUGAGAGAGAGCACCACGACAAAGAGAAAGAGCAAGAGAGGGAAAAAGACAAAACUGAGAGAGACAAGGCGCAAGAGAAAGAGAAAGAGAGGGAAAAACAACAUACAGAGCGUACUGAUAAGCUUAAGCAUGAAGAGGAUUCCCUUGCCAGUGGAGGUCCUACACCAAUGGACGUAAGUACAGGCCAUGAAAUUUUUAGUACGGAUGUAACCGUUUUGGAAGGGCAUAGUUCAGAGGUUUUUGCCUGUGCAUGGAGCCCAGCUGGUUCUCUUCUAGCUUCAGGGUCAGGAGACUCAACAGCUAGAAUUUGGACAAUUCCUGAUGGUCCAUGCGGUUCCAUCCAAUCAUCUCCUACAAGUGUUCAUGUUCUAAAACAUUUUAAGGGCAGGACUAAUGAGAAGAGCAAGGAUGUCACCACACUUGACUGGAAUGGGGAAGGAACACUAUUAGCUACAGGCUCCUAUGAUGGGCAGGCAAGAAUAUGGAGUAGGGAUGGAGAGUUGAAGCAAACUUUGUUCAAACACAAGGGACCUAUAUUUUCCUUGAAAUGGAAUAAGAAAGGGGAUUUUCUCCUAAGUGGCAGCGUAGACAAAACUGCUAUUGUGUGGGAUACAAAGACAUGGGAGUGCAAGCAGCAAUUUGAAUUUCAUUCAGCUCCAACACUAGAUGUUGAUUGGCGAAACAAUACCUCUUUUGCAACAUGCUCAACUGAUAACAUGAUCUAUGUUUGCAAGAUUGGGGAUGCACGUCCAGUUAAAUCAUUCAGUGGCCAUCAGAGUGAAGUUAAUGCUAUCAAGUGGGAUCCAACUGGUUGUUUGUUGGCUUCUUGUUCUGAUGAUUGGACUGCAAAGAUAUGGAGUUUGAAGCAGGAUAAAUGUGUAUACGAUUUUAAAGAGCAUACCAAGGAAAUAUACACUAUUAGGUGGAGCCCAACAGGUCCAGGAACAAAUAAUCCCAAUCAACAGCUUCUUUUGGCGAGCGCAUCUUUUGAUUCUUCUAUCAAGCUGUGGGAAGUUGAGCAUGGACGCCUUCUUUACAGCUUGGCUGGUCAUAGGCAGCCAGUUUAUUCUGUGGCAUUUAGCCCCGAUGGCGAGUACUUGGCUAGCGGGUCCCUGGACCAAAGCCUCCAUAUAUGGUCUGUCAAAGAAGGCAGGAUCUUGAAGACCUACAGAGGGAGCGGUGGCAUUUUUGAAGUCUGCUGGAACAAAGAAGGCAGCAAGAUAGCAGCAUGCUUCUCCAACAACACGGUCUGUGUCAUGGAUUUCAGGAUGUAGUUCAGUAGUUGCACCAGCAAGAUGAAAUAAUACAAACGUGUAUCAAGCUGCGAGGCUAGCAUUAUUGGUCCUUCCCAUGGGCGCGUGGGUAAUUUUAGAUUACUCUCGGUUUCAGAGGGCUUUAGCUUCACAGUUGUUGUACAGUAGGAACUGUCGAUAGUAUGUUCCAGGGCAAAAGCCUUCCUGACAACUUGACAUGAUGCGUUUUACAUUGUUUGAAGAUAUUGUCUUACCAAGAAGUCUGAAACUUUAUGCAUAGUUAGCGACGGCUCCCGUAUGUUUGGAAUU